UCAACAUUCAAUAUCGUCAAUACCACCAACAUCAAUCCAUCGACAUUCUCCGACUUCAAUUCAUUCACGUAUAGGCGCUUUCUUCUCUACAUUCCAAUCAAUUCAUGUGGAAUAUAUAUCUCGAAACAGAACUCUACUUUAUUUUCUAUUUAAAUUCCUUCGGACAUGCUGCGACGCUGAAGUCAUACCACGUGGAUACGCGCCAUCUCGUCAACUCUCUACAGAAGACGUCGCGGUGAUUACCAGCUCCCCCAAUCAGGAUGCGUGAGCUCUUCUUAACAGCAUCUGUCAAGGAUGCCGACUUCUCUAUGACAUGCGCAGUCCUGCAAGGCUUGACAUGGAUGACGGCGCGCCAGUCUGUCCACCGCAUUCUGUUCUUUCAUGGUCAGCCACAGCCGAAAUCUCUCAAGAAUACGCGCGCCUUCCAGCAGUCACGUUUCUUGCCCCUCUGGAAGGAGUUGAGCAACCAGCUAGCUCGAUCAUCAUAUGUUCUUCAAGUGGCAUAUGAGGUUUCCUUAGAUAAGGACUUCGGAAAAGGAUCAGCGAUGGAUUUCAAUGCUUUGCCUGGUACCUUGAGAUGGACAGACCUACCAGAUCCUCUCAAAGAUACCCCAGUAACAUCAAGGAAGAAGAUCGAGAUCCCAGACCAACAAGCUCUCCCAGUAGCUAUGAAUGAUAAUGGUUUUCAGUAUAAAAACGAGAUGAUACAGGAGAGUUACUCCUUCGUCAGAGAGAACAUCGAGUUUGUCUUCAGCAGAUACUAUCAUCCGCCGGACUCGCCGGGGCGACCAGUGACUGCUCUCCCGGCAUUUACAGAUCUGCGGCCAGUUGACCCAGCGCAGAAGUGGGUGUUAAACGUGAAGCUGAACGUCCUUGACGAUAACCAACCUGACAAGGUCAGGAAAGCGAGCGAAGAGCUUCUAGGUGUGAAAUUAGAGCUCGACAGACUAUUUGAUUUCAAGAUCCUCGACCGGCGGAUCUUCGACACUAGGAUUGCGCCUCCACCGGUUAUACCUGGUCGUGGAUAAGACCCUACCACGAGGAGAUACGACAGUACAUAGUAUGUAAUGUACUGAAUCCAAUAUUAUAUUAUAUCAGUAUAAUGUCAUUUUCCACUGUGAGAGAAUAAGCCACUAUCCAUGGUUUGCUCCGAUACCCAUCCUAUGGAUUGGAUAAUAGAUAAUGGCGCUAAUAUAUACUUGUUGUCCUGCUCG